CUUCACAUCAGGGCCCAAUAUGCGGUAUUGGAGGAACAACGCGGCAUUCAUUCUUGCUGCCAGCUUCCUCGGCCUCGGCGAGGUUCUGGCUACCUCAGAUCAUUGCGGGAAAGCUUGCCGACAAACAUUUCGAACUCUCCGAUUUGCCGAUGCCCCUCCAGGCGUCUUCUUCACAGUACAGGAAUGCACAAGCCUCAUUUACCAGAAGUCGCUUCAUCUUUGCUGGGAAAUACAUUGCGCAGAGGAUAUUUGGCAGGCAGAGUCUGCCUCAAUGAACCUGACAUGUCACGAUAUCAGUGGUUCUUAUCUUCCGCCACAUAAUAUCAUUAAUAACCUCACAGAUCAUGACAUCCAAGCCAUCACAAGAUUCAACGCCACAAGUCCUGAUCGUUCUCAAGUUUAUGGAGUUUUAAUGCUUCCAUCACAGCCCUACUAUGAACUUUGGGUCAGAACGCUAGAGGCGCAUGAUUACAUAUGGGACUACCACAACUACUACGGCUGGGCUAUGGGGAUAUUCUGGGGCUUGGUCAUCGGAGUGGGCAUCAUGAAUCGGGCUUUAGGCCAAUUCUUCUCCAUUCAAGGUCGAAACAGAUCGUGGGUCAGCCGCAAUAUACUUCUACCUGCAACCCUUGGCAGACGCUGCGUACAGGACUAUGGGGGCUGGGGUACCUUGCCUCCGCGGAUGCAGACACUGACUCUCAUUCUUUUCGUGCUCGUCAACAUAGCAUGCAGUAUACAUGGAUACGAGAUAUUUGAAGGCUAUGGCUACUACCCUUCUGUUUGGACGCAAGUGCUGCGACACGUGUCUGAUAGAACAGGAAUUCUCUCCUUUGCCAACUUCCCGCUGAUAUGGCUGUUUGGGAUGCGGAAUAACAUCGUCAUCUGGUUGACAGGCUGGGACUUCAAGACUUACAACAACUUCCAUCGAUGGGUUGGCCGGAUUGCGACUUUACAGGCCGUGAUUCAUUCAAUUGGAUAUACUGUUAUAAUUCUACAACGUGGUGGUUGGAGGUACUUCUGUCAAAUAUGGACGUUCACCUUUUGGUGGACUGGAGAGCUGGCCACGAUAUUCAUCUGCCUGCUUGUGGGCUUAUCGGUGUUUUGGGUAAGACGUAAGAAUUAUGAGUUCUUCCUCAUUGCACAUAUCGUCUUAUCAUUUUGGAUCCUCGUUACCAUGCUCGGACAUGUGUCAAUAUUUAGUGGUGCUUACGACCCUCUUGUGUGGGUUCCAGCACUGAUCUGGCUACUCGAUCGAAUCAUUCGCGGAUUACGAAUCAUGGCCUUUAACCCAAAGUUCUGGGAGACGAAGGCCCUGAUUACCUACAACGAAGAUGCACAUAUGAUCCGCGUUUCUGUUCCAACUUCUUCAAGUCUCUACAACAUUGAACCAGGGACAUUUUACUAUCUCAUGGUACUUAAUAAGUGGAACUUUUGGGAGAGUCAUCCUUUCACGGUAGCAACAAUAUCUCGAUCUAGUCGAUGCGCUACAGAUAACUUGGACGAGGACGCGCCCCUGCUGAACUAUGAACCCUCCUCUCGUGAACUGAGACCUACAUUCGAAAAGUCCCACCAAGAAAUGACCUUCUUGAUCCGACCAUAUGAUAGCUUCACUUCACGACUAAAGGAGUAUGCCGAAGAAGAGCGCCCAAAGCCAGCUGUAGUACGCAUAGCUCUUGACGGUCCGUAUGGGAAGACUCUGCCUCUCGAUCGCUUUGCAAAAGUUCUCUUCAUUGUCGGUGGAAGCGGAAUAGCGGUCCCACUGUCGUAUCUUGAGAAACUCACGACAUCCUCGAACAAGCCGUCAAGGAUCGAAGUCCACUGGGCAGUGCGACAGUCAACUUUCGCCGUUGAUGUUCUGAAUCAUGAAUUGAGUGAUAUACUCGGUAAUGGCCGGGUGGAGAUUAAUAUCUACAUGACUGGCGGCGAUGUUGAUGACAGAACAGCAUGUGAUGAUACCAUCUACAGACUCACGAAGUGGAGGUCCAAACGACUGAACGUCGAACAGAUUAUUGACAGAGCGUUGGAGGAUGGAGACAAAGAGAGUAUCGCAGUAGUCACAAGCGGUCCCGCCAAGAUGGCUGAUGAGAGCAGAUGCGUGGUUACGGCAAGGACAGUGCCGUCUUUACCGUGUAUUGAGUAUUUUGAGGAAAGCUUCCAGUGGUGAUAACUGUAAUAUUUUGAAGCUCUAGGGUAAUAUGACUUGGCAAACUGAA